UAAAUAAAACUACAGAAAAAGUGAAUCCCAGCAAAGUUGAUUGUAUUUGAGCUGGCAACAAAAUGAAUGAAAUUACCAUUAUUACUGUCAAUUGCAAUCGUUCUGAUUACCAUAAUUAAUGUGUGUGAUUAUAUUUCGGUUAGUGUGUCGUGUUUUCGAUUGCGGUGACUGUUUUGUGACCAACAAAACCAUCAAUAAAAAGUUCUUCAAUCUCCGUUUGUUUGAGCCCCGACAACUGGACAAACAAUAGUUGUAUAAUGGCAUACUUGCCCUAUCGAUUGAUAGUUGGCGGAUGGGCCACGAUAGCUCUCAUUAACAAGUCCGAGUGCUAAUUUUUGUAUGGUCGAACAAGCGACAGUGUGAAAACUCGUAGAACAUUUGCUUUAUGAUGCACAAGAUCCAUAUAAAGUUUACGAUUUAUAAUCGAACGUCGCGUAUUGGAUGACAAUUUGUGUCCCAUUGUUAGACAAACAACAAUUAGUAAAACAUUUCUCACUAUUGGGGUUUUCUCAUGAUAUUGGCCGCACUGAGAACACCCCACAAAGAAAGUCAUUAUAUUCUACACGGAUCAAAAGUGAUUGAUUGAUCCAACCAAAUACUGAUAUAUCCACAAUUGGCAAUGUCAUCCCAAGACAAAAGAUGGUCUCAAAAGUGAUCUUUUAAGAGGCUUAAGGCACACAGUUAUGUAAAAAUAAUACCCCACCUAUACCCAACACUUGCAUACACCAAUCUAUUUAGUAUUUCAAAUUCCAAGCUUAGUCAAACAUUUUAUAUUCGUGCCUCGCGCUCUGCCAGACAAAAUUUACAUACAACUUGGGGAACAGGCCAGACCAGCUUAUUGCUAUUGCUGUUACAAUGAAACCCCCUUGGCGUGUCAGACACUUGAUAUGCGGGACAUACAUAUUUUGUACGAGUAUUGUCGUGUAAGAUGCGUAAUUAUUAAUUGACGCAUAGCUUUGCCAUUCUCUUCGAAUUCAGUGACCCUUGGAUACCGAAAAGUCAGUGGAGCAAACAACAGAUCAAAAAGAUCAUCGCAUGCUUAUGACGCGUACUGUCCGUUCAUUUAAAUCCAUGGAAACUUUUAUUUCAAUUUGUUUGAAUUCGGCAAUCGGGCAGGAGAGACUAUCUUGAUAUGGUUAAACCAUCACAAAUGAAAGCAGGCAAAGAAAUUCUGCCACAUAAGGUGCUGCUCAGCGAGUGGGCACAGUCUACCGAUAAGAUACAAAUUUGUAUCUGCCAAGUCAAGUGUUAGUAGCUGUCUGUGUGAGUGCUGUGUGAAGAGCUCGUGUGAAGUUUUAUCUCUGGCGGAGAUAAAAUUAAAAAAAAAAUGGGACAAAACUUCAGCUUGUUUAUUUAUAUGAAAAAAUAAGAAGAAAUACAUAUAUACAAAAUGUACAUACAAAAUGUACAUGAGAGUCCGAGUGAAUUCUUUAGAAACUUUCGUUAUGUCAUGAUUAUCGAAAAACUUAAGCUUUGUUUGUCUGAGGGUGCUCUUAGGCCACACAAAAUAGUUUUUCGUAAGGAAAGUUUUUUCAUAUAAAGAUGAUACAGAAACCGGCAAGAGUAUGAUCUGUCUUCUGCCAUGUAUAUUUCUGCUUUGCUACUGAUUUAUUUCAAUAUGACUUGAAAGCCUAAUCCUAACAUACCACAGAGAACGGCAAUAACAAGAUUGUUAUAUUCAGGGUUUUUCUAUGUGAUUUAAAGACAGCCCCGACAAGAUCCCGCUGAGAGAGUCGCAAACGCUGCAAAAGACCCGGCCUCAGAUUGUGAGCAUUAAAAUGAUACGAGUAGAUACGAAAGCAGAAACACCAGCAAGCCAGUGCAAACAUCAGCAGAUGCCGCAGUCCAACAUGGUUUUAUGAUCAGCCCCAAAACGCAACCCCAGCAGCUCGAAUUUGCGCAGCAACAAACCAGCAACCAGGAGGAGAUCACAGACCAGAUCUCAGCAAAAAAAAACCAACAGCAUGUCGGACAGCAAUGAAAACUCUGGCGGACUGGCGAAGACAGCCUCCUCUCCCACUGCCCUCAAUCUAGUGACGAAGCGCUCCACGCUUCGACACAGCCAGCUGUCGGACAGUGGUGCCGAGAGUUGUGGCGACGGCGGCGACGAACAGGCGCGUCUCAUACGCUCGUCCUCCUCCCGUGCCCAUAAGUACAUUAUAAUACCGGCCACACCCACACCCGGAGCGACUGCCACGGUGACCUUCACCCUUGACGAUUGCGAUCCGGCGAUCCCGGCUCCCAUCUCGCCCACGCCCGCGACCCUGACCUGCACCACCACCACGACAAUGUCCGGGGAUACGGUGGCCGUGUCGCCGCUCAGCAUGGAUCUGCGCCGGAUCGGCAGCCACAGCAGCAGCAUGCGCUCAGUUGUUUCAGGUUAUAUGCCUGCCCUGAACGACAGCAGUGGGAAUCUUGUGGGUGGCAGUGCGGUUGCCACUUCUGGGCUGCAUGCCCCCAAUCCGCUGUAUAUGCAACCGCAGGCCUCGCUGAGCGGCAGUUCCUAUCUAUUUCACGAUUUGCCCGCCCAACAGAUCUACUCGGAUGUGACAUCGGUCCGCUCCCUUGCCUCCAUUGGCAUUGGAUCCACAGACGGACGGAAGUUGGUCAUACGUCGAGUGCCGACCACCGCCAACGAGCUGUUCGACAUGGUCAAUCCCCAGACACCGCCGCCUCUGGGCAUCGAUGACGAUGACAGCUACAUGGAUAUGUCCGACGACGCUGUGCAGCUGAAGCCACGCCAGCAGCACUGGGCCAACAAGAUGCAGUUUGUCUUGGCCUGCAUCGGAUACUCGGUGGGUCUGGGAAACGUCUGGCGCUUUCCCUACAUGUGCUACAAAAGCGGCGGUGGUGUUUUUCUAGUGCCUUAUUGCAUAAUAUUGUUCAUAUGCAGCAUUCCGCUGCUAUUUAUGGAGCUGUCUGUGGGCCAGUACACUGGCCGUGGACCCAUCGGCGCCCUGGGUCAACUAUGUCCUUUGUUCAAAGGAGCUGGACUCGCUAGUGUGGUCGUCUCGUUUCUCAUGUCCACAUACUAUAGCGUCAUCAUAGGUUAUUCAAUUUACUACUUCUUUACGUCAUUUAAAACGGAGAUGCCCUGGAUUGACUGCAACAACAGAUGGAAUACGCCGGACUGUUGGGUGCCGCAACGCAAGGAAAUCAAUGCCAGUGCACCGGACACAUCACGCACCCCCUCAGAGGAGUUCUUUGAAAAUAAGGUGCUACAGAUUAGCGGUGGCCUGGAAUAUCCGGGAAUGAUGCGAUGGGAGCUCUUCGCUUGUCUUAUUUGUGCCUGGCUGAUGGUUUACUUUGCCACAUGGAAGUCGAUCAAGUCUUCGGCCAAGGUGCGGUACUUUACGGCCACUUUUCCGUUUGUGCUCAUCAUCAUACUAAUGGUGCGAGCCGUGACGCUCGACGGGGCGGCCGAGGGUCUGCGCUUCUUCUUCCGACCAAAGUGGUCGGAGCUGAAGAACGCCAAUGUGUGGAUCAAUGCCGCCUCCCAGAACUUCAAUUCGCUGGGCAUUACCUUCGGAUCCAUGAUCUCCUUUGCCAGCUACAACAAGUACAACAACAACAUACUCCGCGACACGAUUGCGGUGAGUGCAGUGAACAUGAUAACCAGCCUGCUGGUUGGCAUAUUCGCCUUCUCCACACUGGGAAACCUAGCACUGGAGCAGAACACCAAUGUGCGAGACGUCAUUGGCGAUGGGCCGGGCAUGAUAUUUGUGGUGUAUCCACAGGCCAUGGCCAAAAUGCCGUACGCUCAGCUGUGGGCGGUCAUGUUCUUCUUCAUGCUGCUCUGCCUGGGCCUGAACUCUCAGUUUGCCAUUGUCGAGGUGGUGGUCACGUCUAUACAGGAUGGCUUUCCGCGCUGGAUUAAAAGGCACCUGGGCUACCACGAGAUAGUUGUGCUUUUUGUCUGCGUUAUCUCGUGCCUCUUCGGUAUGCCGAACAUCAUACAGGGUGGGAUCUACUACUUCCAGCUGAUGGACCACUAUGCUGCCUCGGUGACGAUUAUGUUUCUAGCCUUCUGCCAAAUGAUCGCCAUAGCCUGGUUCUACGGCACCGGACGAUUGUCGAAGAAUGUUAAGCAGAUGACCGGAAAGGCUCCAUCAUUCUAUCUCAGAUCCUGUUGGCUUGUGCUGGGACCCUGCCUGCUCUUUGCCAUUUGGGUUCUGAGUCUCAUCAACUACCGUGAGCCAACGUAUCAUAAUGGGAGAUAUACUUAUCCAGACUGGGCGUAUGGCAUUGGAUGGAUGUUCGCAUCUUUUUCACUGAUCUGCAUACCAGGGUAUGCGCUAAUCAACUUCCUGCGGACCGGCGGUGACAGCUUUUGGGAUCGCAUCAAGAACACGCUACGACCAAAUAUCUACGAGUGCAAGAUCUGUGGCGAACAUCACUGCGAACACGACUAUCCAGAACAGGAACAGUACAUGCUGGCCCAGGAGCUGGCCACCGUGUACAGGCCCACAACCAGCCACCUACAUCAUUUGGGAGCAAAAUCCGGCUAUAAUGCUAUGCAGGCCUCGUCCACGGGCCCCCAGGGGUCCCACUCGGAAUACAAAUAUCAGUCCAAGGCCCACGCCGAGCCACCACCGAACACGACAGAUGAGCAAAAUGGCAAAUAGGCUAGCGCUUGGCACGAAUAUCCUGUUCAACUAAAACCGAUUUCUGAGUAUUUUUAAUGAAUCAUUUUUCUGGCUUUCCAUGAUUAAAUCAAACUAAAUAAAUUAUCGAUAUUGUCAUGAACAAUCGAUAUCGAUAGCA